CUUUUUACAUCAUCGAGAUCUUCUUUUCUAGUAAAACCCACAUCUUACUUUUUUCUUUUUCCUCUUCUUUAAUUUAUUUUCACGUUCAUGGGAUUUCCUUCAAAGAUUGCACCAUUAUUAUGACCAUUUUCUUGAACUUUCAGUUCUUGCUUUUCUUGAUGUGAUAUUAUAAGUCUUUGUUGAUUCUCAAGCUGAUUUGUUUUUCACUUGGUGAAAUACAAUCACAGAAAAGCAGAGAAUAAAUAAAAUGGGGGAAUCUGUCCUAUUUGCCUUACACAAAGAGGUAAAAUCUGGAGAACAUGCGAUAUCUGCAAUAUUGCCUCUGUUGAAACUUAUCACCGUUGCACUGUUUGGUUUAAUUCUUACCAAAGUCCAACUCGUUCCUAAAGCUACUUUCAAGCAGCUUAGCAAGCUUGUUUUUGUUCUGUUCUUGCCUUGCUUGAUAUUCACUGAUCUGGGUCCAUCCAUUACUCUCUACAAAAUUGUUCGCUGGUGGUUCAUUCCUGUUAAUGUAAUCAUUAGUACUACAAUUGGUUGCAUAUUGGGAUACAUGGUGGCGUUGAUAUGUCGGCCGCCGGAGGAACUGUUUCGGUUCACAAUAAUUAUGACUGCAUUUGGAAACACGGGUAAUAUCCCACUUGCAAUAGUUACAUCAGUGUGCCAUAGUACUGAUAAUCCGUUCGGAAGUGAAUGUUCUGAGAAUGGUAUUGCUUAUGCAUCUUUUUCACAAUGGGUUUCUGUUGCUCUUGUUUAUACUCUUGUUUACCAUAUGAUGGAACCGCCAUUAGAGUACUAUGCGAUUGUUAAUGAAGGGGGAGAGAUUCAGGAAGUGCCUAUUGAUAACAGCAGGCCACUCCUUGUGGAAGCUGAAUGGCCAGGACUGGAAGAUCAAGAAACUGAACAUAGCAAGACACCUUUCAUUGCAAGGCUUUUUAAUAGCAUAUCUAGAAUUUCAAAUAGAAAUGUUCCUGAUCUUGAUACAGUAGAAGAGGCCGGAGAUGAAAGAAAUGUUCCUGAUAUUGAUGCAAUAGAAGAGGCCGGAGAUGAAAGAAAUGUUCCUGAUAUUGAUGCAAUAGAAGAGGCCGGAGAUGAGAGAAGUGAAAACAAUCCCAUAUCCAUUAGGUGCUUAGCAGAGCGUGGGAUGGUUAGAAAGAUUAAAAUUGUUGCUGAGCAAACACCAAUUCAUCACAUUCUUCAGCCUCCAACUAUUGCUUCUUUUCUAGCUAUUGUCAUCGGAGUGAUUCCUGCAGUUAAAAAGUUUGUAUAUAGUUCUGAUGGUCCACUUGAAUUUAUAACAGACAGUUUAGAUAUCAUGUCUGAGGCUAUGGUGCCAUCAGUUAUGCUUAUUCUUGGAGGAAUGCUUGCUGAAGGUCCAAAUCAGUCGAAAAUUGGUAUUCGAACAACAAUUGGCAUUAUUGUUGCAAGGCUUUUGGUGCUUCCUGUAAUUGGAAUUGGAGUUAUCUACUUAGCUGAUAAAUGGAAUAUUUUAAUCUCCAAGGACGACCAAAUGUACAGGUUUGUGCUUCUGCUGCAAUACACAACACCAAGUGCCAUUUUAUUGGGAGCUGUAGCAAGCUUGAGAGGUUAUGCAGUUAAAGAGGCUUCAGCACUCCUCUUCUGGCAGCAUGUGUGCGCUGUGGUUUCACUUUCAUUAUAUAUGAUUGUCUUCUUUGAUCUGCUGUUUUCAUAUAUCUAAGGUUUUUCCCCAA